UUUACUUUGGAAAAAUGGUGGAGUCCUUGGCUGUUGUUUUACCGCCACCUAAAACCAAAAACCUUGCCAUUAUAAAGCAAGAACGUGUGAAAGUAAAGUCAAAGUGUACGGCCCCGCCUUACGGCGAACGUAAAAAUUGGAUACCUCAUUCACAAUCUGAUUUUGGAGAUGGCGGUGCAUAUCCUGAAGUUAUUCUUGCUCAAUACCCUCAGGGUAUGGGAAAGGAGAAGACAGGGAAAACUUUAGCCUUGCAAGUUGAUCAAAAUGGAAAAAUAAGAUUUGAUGCUAUCGUUCGUCAAGGCCACGGUUUGAAUACGGUCCUCCACACCGAUUUUAACCAGCUUGUUCGUAAGGAUGUCAUUGAAGAUGACCCCACUUUACAAAAACCAGGCCAGGAAGAAAUCGAUAAAACUGCUGAGGAAACUCGACUAGCUCUUGAGAAAAUAAUUGAACAUAAAGUAUCUGCUGCGCAGCCCGUAAGAGCUCCAGAGAAAUCAUCUCCUGAUAAGUAUAUUCGGUUUACUCCGGCACAACAAGGCCCUGGUUAUAAUUCUGGUGCGCAGCAGAGGAUUAUUCGCAUGGUGGACGCGCCUGUCGAUCCCAUGGAGCCGCCGAAAUUCAGACACAAGAAAAUCCCUGCUGGUCCACCUUCUCCUCCCCCUCCCAUACUCCAUUCGCCUCCUAGAAAAGUUACGAAAGAGGAGCAGGCUGCUUUUAAUAUUCCUCCUUGUGUUUCAAAUUGGAAGAAUGCUAAAGGAUACACGAUCCCACUUGAGAAGCGUCUCGUGGAUGGGCGGGGAUUGCAGGAAAAAGAAAUCAGUUCCCGAUUCGGCGAGUUCACAACAAUAAUGAAUCGUACCGUCAAGCAAGUUGCUGAAGGAAUGAGAGUUCGGCGCGAAUUAGAAAAUGAGCUGCAGCGUAAAGAAAAAGAGCAGCGAGAAAGAGAUCUUCUUCGACGCGCUACACAAGCCCGGAAUGAACGUGCAGGGAUUGUCCCAACCGAGCCGGAUGACAAGCCCGCUGAAAUGAAGGAUGCGGAGGGCGAAGCUGAGCGGGAAGCGCUUCGAAAAGAGCGGCAUUACGAGAGACAAAGAGAGCGAAGACUGAAGCGUGCGAGUUUGGAAAAACAAAAAACAGUUCGUGAGCGCGAUCUUGAUAGAGACAUCAGCGAGCAAAUUGCUCUUGGGAAGCCCAUUAAGACAAAUACAACCGGAGAAAACAUGUUUGACGCACGUUUGUUCAACCAGUCGAAGGGGCUCACUAGCGGUUUUGGGAGUGAAGAUGCCUAUAGCAUCUACGAUAAGCCACUGUUUAACUCCACCAGUACAAGUAUAUACAAACCGAAAUCGGUCGAUUCUGAUAUGUACGGAGAUGAGGAUAUUGCUAAACUUAAAAAGCACAAGUUUGUGGCUGAUAAAAAGUUUCUGGGAGCUGACGAAUCUGCUCCUCCCCGUGAAGGACCUGUUCAGUUUGAAAAAGAAGAUGACGACGUUUUUGGUUUGGAUGCUCUUUUAAACGACGCCAUGACCUCCAAGAAAGAUUCGGGAAAAAAAGAAUCACUAGGAAGAGCCACUUCCAUGAUCGCCACCACCGAGGUAACUCGGCAUCAUUCCUCGUUGAGGGGUUCAUAUCAUAAACGUAGAGAACUUGUGGAAUUUGAAAGUGAAAGGAAGAGGCAUAGACACUAAUUUGUUUAAAUUUUGCAUUAUAAUUUUUAUUGUU